GUGGGCGGCGCUCACUCACUCACUGGCUGGGCCAAAGAUCCUAUAGCAAAGCUUUGGGCUGGGCCGACUGACCGGCCGCUCCUCCUUCUCGUGUGGUGGGUGGGUGGGUGGUUGAGCGGCCGGCCGGCUCUCGGGCAGCAGCCGGCGCCUUCAACACGGCGUUUAACACCACAACUCGGGCAUCAAUCUGCCUGCCAUGCGUGCCCGCGCUGGACUGAGGCGCGCUGCUCGCAGCCAUGAAGGCGAGGACGGGCGAGCGAUGUGAAGCCAUGCCGUAGCUGGGCUGCGACCGCCGGCUUCAAUGAUGCGCCUGUGCUCCCCAAGCCGGCCCGGCAGCCUGCUCAUACUCGCUCUGCUGCAGCUGGCUUUCAUCCUCUUCCUCUACCGCCGCAGCCUCUCUAGCUCCUUCGUCAGUUUGCUGUACGAGGACGACCACGGCCGCUACUGGGAUUACUCCAAAACCCACGACGUCUACACCAACCUCAGCCUGAUCACCCCGAUCCCUGAAGGGGAAACUUUAGCCAAUUGUGCCGCCGAAUCGCCGCUUCUUGUUGGACCACUGACAAUCAGCUUUCAAGCAAUUCCGGGUAUGAGCAAAAUAGAAAGAAAAAAUCCAUAUGUGAAAUCUGGUGGGCGUUAUGCUCCCCCACACUGCAAAGCUUGGUAUAAGACAGCAAUCCUUAUUCCUCAUCGAAACAGGGAGCCACAUUUGCGCCAUCUUCUAUAUUAUCUUCAUCCAUUCCUUCAGCGUCAACAGCUUCAAUAUGCAAUAUAUGUCAUCCAUCAGACUGGAAAUCGUACAUUUAACAGAGCAAAACUGCUUAAUGUUGGAGUGAGAGAAGCACUGAAGGAUGAGGACUGGGACUGUCUGUUUCUACAUGAUGUUGACCUUAUCCCUGAGAAUGAUCACAAUUUGUAUAUUUGUAAUAGAAGAUACCCCAAGCACGUAUCCAGUGCAAUGAAUAAAUUCAAGUACAGGUUACCAUAUAGGAUGUAUUUUGGUGGUGUUUCAGCCUUGACUCCAGAUCAGUACUUACGAAUUAAUGGCUUCCCAAACACAUACUGGGGUUGGGGUGGAGAAGAUGAUGAUAUUUCUGCUAGGAUUUAUUUUGCAGGGAUGAAGAUAAUUCGAACUCCCCUCUCACUUGGACAUUAUAAAAUGAUCUCACAUAAUAUGGAUGUGGGUAAUGAAAAAAAUGAGAAAAGAAUGAGAUUCUACAUUGAAAAUCAACUCAUUGAACAUUUUGGAUACAGUUGUUGUUUUCCUGUUGAAAUGGUUCCUGUUUCAUUCCAAAGAGGAAGAAAGAUUCCAAGGGAAGUAAGGGGCGACCGUAGCUGACAAAGGGAAGUCAAGGACAGUAUAAAAACAAAAGAGAAGAACUAUAACAUAGCAAAGAUGAGCGGGAAGCCAGAGGAUUGGGAAACUUAUAAAGAGCAACAGAAGAUAACUAAAAAGGCAAUACGGGGUCAAAGGAAAUGGCAGACAAGUUGAACAGGUACUUUAGAUCUGUCUUCACUAAGGAAGACACAAACAAUUUCCCUGAUGUACUAGUGGCAAGAGGAUCUAGGGUGAUGGAGCAACUGAAGGAAAUUCACAUUAGGCAGGAAAUGGCGUUGGGUAGACUGAUGGGACUGAAGGCUGAUAAAUCCCCAGUGUCUGAUGGUCAGCAUCCCAGGAUACUUAAGGAGUGGCUCUAGAAAUUGUGGAUGCAUUGGUGAUCAUUUUCCAAUGUUCUAUAGAUUCAGGAUCAGUUCCUGUGAAUUGGAGGGUAGCUACUGUUAUCCCACUUUAUAAGAAAGGCGGGAGAGAGAAAAGAGGGAAUUAUAGACCAGUUAGUCUACUAUCGGUGGUGGGGAAGGUGCUGGAGUCAAUCAUAAAAGAUGAAAUAGCAACACAUUUGAAUAGCAGUAACAGGAUCGGUCCAAGUCAACAUGGAUUUACGAAGAGGAAUUCAAGCUUGACAAAUUUUCUGGAAUUUUUUGAAGAUGUAACUAGGAAAAUGGACAAGGGAGAGCCAGUGGAUGUAGUGUACCUGGACUUUCAGAAAGCAUUUGAUAAGGUCCUACAUAGGAGAUUAGUGGGCAAAAUUAGAGCACAUGGUAUUGGGGGUAGGAUACUGACAGAUAGAAAAUUGGUUGGUGGACAGGCAACAAAGAGUAGCGAUUAACGGGUCCCUUUCAGAAUGGCAGGCAGUGACUAGUGGGGUACCGCAAGGCUCGUAGCUGGGACCGCAGCUAUUUACAAUAUACAUCAAUGAUUUAGAUGAAGGGAUUCAAACUGACAUUAGCAAAUUUGCAGAUGACACAAAGCUGGGUGGCAGUGUGAACUGUGAGGAGGAGGCUUUGAGGAUGCAGGGUUACUCGGACAGGUUGGGUGAGUAUGCGGAUGCAUGGCAGAUGCAGUUUGAUGUGGAUAAAUGUGAGGUUAUCCACUUUGGUGGCAAAAACAGAAAGGCAGAUUAUUAUCUGAAUGGUGUCAAGUUGGGAAAAGGGGAAGUACGAAGAGAUCUGGGUGUCCUUGUUAUCACUCACUGAAAGUAAGCAUGCAGGUGCAGUAGGCAGUAAAGAAAGCUAACAAGCAUAACAAGAGGAGUUGAGUAUAGGAGCAAAGAGGUCCUUCAGAAGUUGUACAGGGCCCUAGUGAGACCACACCUGGAGUAUUGUGUGCAGUUUUGGUCUCCAAAUUUGAGGAAGGACAUUCUUGCUAUUGAGGGACUGCAGCGUAGGUACACGGGGUUAAUUCCUGGGAUUGCGGGACUGCCAUAUAUUGAUAGAAUGGAGUGGUUGGGGCUUGUAUACAUUGGAAUUUAGAAGGAUGAGAGGGGAUCUUGAAACAUAUAAGAUUCAGGAAACAUGUUCCUGGUGUUUGGGGAGACAAGAACCAGGGGCCACAGUUUAAGAAUAAAGGGUAGGCCAUUUAGAAUGGAGAUGAGGAAACACAUUUUCACCCAAAGAGUUGUGAAUCUAUGGAAUUCUCUGCCUCAGAGAGUUAGAUAGAGCCCUUAAAGAUAGCGAAGUCAGGGGAUAUGGUGAGAAGGCAAGAAUGUGGAAGCCAAGCCAUGAUCACAGUGAAUGGUGGUGCUGGCUCGAAUGACCGACUCUUGCAUCUAUUGUCUAUUGUAAAUGUGAGUGCAAUUGCUGUCGAGAAUAUAUGAUAUUGUAUAAUUUAAAAGAUGACUAAGUUUGAUUUUUAUGUUUUUCCCUAUGUAUCUCUAAUAUAGUUUUGUGUUACCGACACUUAGAAUGUUUGACAUUUUUCAAAUGUAAAGAUUGGAUAGUGAAGAUACUGUAACAUUAAUUUCAAAUUUGGGAACUAAAACAUCUUGACAAGGUAAUGAGAAAAUUAAGAAUAUUUAUCAGUUUUUGGACUGUAUUGUCUUGCUUUGGCAUGUGCAGGUGUUGUAAAUAUCUACAUUCCCUUUUCUAAAUGUUAGAAAGUGGGCGCUACCAAGAAGAGAGUAAUGUUAGAUUAUUAGAAAGAUGACAAUGCAAAUAUUUAUAUUUUGUCAUCAACACGCACAAGAAUUGUCUCUUGUAUAUAAUUUUACACUUUGGUAUUUUUCCUGAUUCAUAACAUGAAAGUUGCACAAAGUUGAGAGAAAGUUGAGAGAAAUUGCUUAUCAAUAUGGUUAAUUUUGUAUUUGUGGAAUUGCACAAUAAGCAAGCCAAAAAUGAAUGGUGUGCAGAUCUUAUCAGUAAAUGUUAUUGUAAACAAGGCUGCAAACAUUGAAAGUAUUGAGAGUGUUAAUAAGUUAUAGCAUCCAAUGCCUUAAAGCUUUGGUCAAUUUUCUUUGAGCAUAUUGUCAUCUAGUCAUUUGAAAUUAAGUUGAUUAUUAUUUUAAUCUCUAAUAAGCAGCACCAAUGUAUUGUUAAAAUACUCUGUCUACAAAUGAUGGCAUUGUCUGCUGUGUUUUAACCCCCAAAUGCAAAUUACGGAAUAAACAUUUUGUUUA